AUGGCAUCACCCAGCUUCAAAGAUCGCUUCCAAAACAAGACUUCCACAAUGUCUUAAUUUAAUUAUAGGUGCGGCAGAUUUCCUAUAUUUUUAUGCAGUCACUAAAAAUCCUCUCGUAUGGGUGGUUUAUCCGCAUCGCGAUGCACUUGAGUGGUAAGAUGAUAUGCUUGACAAAUUAGCUCAAUCAUUGCCUUGCUCCUUCUCCAGCUAUGGAGGCCGAAGUGUUAUGUGCUGUUAGUGCCUCCUCCUUGUCUUGCCAGAUUCAGUGCUCUAUUAACUUCCGACCCCUCUUUUUGAGCUUAGGAAAGUAACUUGAUUUCAAGUAGGGAAACUUUGCGUUAUAUAGGUGUCUAAGUUCUUUCCUAGGUAGCUAUAAGAAAAGGCCUAAUCUAUGGAGUUUUUACCAAAUCUAUGGAAUGAGAAUGAUCUUAGGUCUCGACGGACGUUGCUGAUUAUCUCAAAAACCAACUACAGAAACUUACCUGGAUAUACACCAACAAUAACUAGCCAAAAUCUAGACUAGAUUCUUACUCUAUAUGUCGUGGCCAUGAGAUUGGGAAAAUUGCACCAAGAAGUCAGGCACGUUUUCGCAAUUUUUUAUAUAUGUCCACAAUGUCAAGACUUGGAGAACUCGACCUCGAUACAAGCCGCGCUAUAACAAUGCCAAACAGCCACCAAAUUCAUAAAACAGUUAUGCAAGUAUCUGCAUCUAAUAUAAUUAAAGGCCCUAUUCAAUCUCCUAGGGCUCCUGCAGCUGACUAUCCCCAAUUUCCAUCUCAAAAUCAUAUAUCAACCUUUGAUAAUAGCUCUUAUUUGAACUCUUCUACAAGCAAUGAUACGUCAGCUUAUAUUCAAAAUUAUUCCCAUCAAUCUAAAUAAGCUUUAUCCAUAUUCUCUUUAUUUAUAAUAAAAAGCUUGAUAUUCCAUAGCAUACUUUAAAUAUUUCCAAAUUAAAUUAACUAUUUUAUAAUAAAUAAUAAGCAUAAAAUUGCAUAAACACCAUCUCUCACGAUCAGUAGAUUUUUCCAAUCCUCCGCUAAUUCCUGAUGUUUACCACAACUUACAUCAGAAAACCAUCGAUUCUCAUAGAAGAAAUUUCUCUUACUCAGCUGCUCAGAGAAAGGUCGCAGAAGACUAUAAUAAUGCUUUAAAAGAAACCCCAAAAACAAGGCAAGCCCAAUACGAAGGGGACUACUACAGAUCUAAAAAAAUCCAAGGCGGGUUUAAGCCAUAUACCUUGAAUGAUUAUAAAGCAAUAAAACCGGAAAAAUAUUACGAGCUGGGUGGGCUUGGGCCAACAAUAGGCUCUGACGACUGACUGAAAAAGAGAGAAAUCCACGAAAAACGAAAAGAAUAUGCUGAUAAAAUCAAGCAGACGAAGCAAAAUAUUGUGCCGCCUUAUAAUUUGGUUACUCCUUUCAAAGAUGAAAAAAACUUUAGUUUGAGGCAGUCGGAUAAUGGGAUGCCAGUGCCACUUUCACCAGUGAAAAUUAUGAACCAUGAUGAAAAAAUUUAUAUUUAUUUAAAAAAAAAUAAACACAUUAUACUAACUAUAUUAAAAUAUAUUUUUUUUUAUUUAUAAUAAAGGACUUGGCAUAUAUAAAUAGGGAUAA